CCUUUCACACUUUCUUCUUAUCUCGCUUGCGUCGUCGUUCGAUCAGCCGCCGGCGACGAUGGUGAAGUCGGUGGUCGGCGAAGAAACCCAACUUAAAUCCGCCGAGGAUCGCCUCUUCCAAUCCUCCGUCCCCGCCGAAGUGGGGCUUGUCGUAGGUAAGCUAAACCCUGAUUCGAACCGAGGAUUCGUCUAUGAUUUGAUCCCCACGCCGCCCACCGACGGUGGAGGCCCCGCCGGUUCCCUUGGAUCCGAGGUCGGGGGCCGAGACGACAAGAAGAAGAGGUCCAAGGGUGGGAAGCCCUCGGCGGAGCCCUCCCUUCUGAUCGAUGGGGAUUGGGUUGCGGAGCAUGCCCGCCAGGUGUCGAGGAUGCUGCUGGGCGGUAUGAAUGUGGUUGGGAUCUAUAUCUGGGCGUCCGAGGCCUCUUUUAAGGCCACAAUGCCAUCGAUACUCGCUCAGGCACUCAGGCUGGUUGCUCAAGCAGCACCUUGGUAUGAUAGUGAAUUUGAUGAGAGGCUGCUCAUUCACAUUUCUUAUAGCCCAAGAAGGUGGGCUUGUCGUAAUUGCUCAUUGGCAUCAGGAAGUUUGCAGCCAUGUGACUUCAGAAUGGGCAAGCUGUUAGCUUCUCUUCAAGCUUUUAGAUGCAUGUAUAACUUUGAGAUAAGGUUACCCAUUGUUCACGUGGGACCUGUAGAUUCCAAUACUUUCAGGAAUGUUCUCUUCAAGGGAAUAACUUAUCAUGCCAAAGAUCUGCAGAGUGCGAAAGUCUUAAUAGAUGGAAAUUUGGUGACUGAAGAUCUGCAUAGCAUUUCAGAGGGCUUUCACAAAGUCGAAUUUCUUUUACCAUUCAAGAAAGACAUGUCUGCUGAAGGCAAAGCAUGCAGCUCUGAGGAGGUUUCAGGCCUUGUUGUCUUUAGUGGAUCGGUUUGUGCCUCUGCAUAUUUGGGUCCAAGAGAACCUAUUUCACAAGCUAUAGCCGAUCUAAAGGGAGAUAUUAUCACCAGUUUAAGAAGUAGACUUGAUGUCAUCUCUGAUGAGGCGGAGGGAGAAGCAGCCUUGGCUGCUAAUAGUAACAUUGAAGCAAGUGAAGAUGCAUCAUCUGGGAAGCCCAUUCACCAGCUUAUCAUACAUGAAUUAAGAAAGCCCUGUUGCCUCUCUUUUCCUAGAAGAGUUCUUGUUCCAUGGUUCGCUGGCAUCUUCAUCUGUGACUACAUGCAACCAUCAGAAACAUUUGAGGAUGUGAAAGAUCGCUGCAAGGAGAUGAUGUCCAUGGAAGCACCAAUAGAGGCUUCCGCAAUAGUAGAACCAGAAACAGCAGCAGCCACAGUGACAGAAAAAUCAUUUUGGGAUGUAACUCAUGGAGAUAUAGCAUCCCUUAUUGAUGACUCCAAGAACAGAAGACAUUUAACCGAAAAAGCAGGCAGUGGAAAAUCAAAAGGCAGCAGUCUGUACUUUCCAAUUGCUAUUUUUAUCCUCCUAGUGGCUAUCCUAGUUGGGUGGGCAAUUACAUUCUCUGGACGAAAGAAAGUUGCUCCUUAGGUCAGUAACUAUAUUUUUUCACCCCCUCUUGCUUUUAGUUUGAUGUAAUUGCUACCUUUCCAUUUAAUUUUUGAAUUCUUUUUUCUUCCUUUAUUUCCUCUUUUUUUGGUCCUUUUGUUGUUGUUGUUGUCAUUGGUUGUAUGAUAUGUGUACUCGAUGAGUAAUGGAGGUAUUGGUCGAAGUCCUGGUAGUCGUUUUUAUUGUCUAUUAGCCAUGUUUACAGGAGCCUCCUUUAGCGAGGAAUAUAAUUCCCGUAA